AUGACUUGGUUUAUUGUUGGUGAAGCAAUUAUUGGCAUUCAUCCACUUUCAAGUGCAUUAAUUAAUUUAUUCUUACUUCGACCAUAUCGUCGAGCAUUGAAAAAAAUGUGGAUAAAAAAAGAACCAAAAAGUGUACAAUUUGAUUCAAUUACUAUUGCUAAUACACAUUUUAUGGACGGUGAUUGCUUUUUAUGA